AUGAGAUCAGAGGAAGAGAGACCCGGAACACUAACAAAACUUCCUGGUCAGUUGAGCAUCCCAGUGAUUGACAUGACCAAUCUCUCCCAAGGAGGAUUUCACAGGAAAGAAGAGAUCUGUAAAAUUGCCAAGGCUUGUGAAGAAUGGGGUUUCUUUCAGGUUGGCUAUGGGCAGAUCUUUGUUGUGUCAGAGGAUCAAAAGCUGGAUUGGGGCGAUUUGUUGGGUUUAAUAAUAAGUCCUCCACGGAGCAGGAAUUUGAGUUUGUGGCCAGCUGUGCCGGCUGAUUUCAGGCAUAUUGUGGAUGAAUACAACAAAGAGAUUAAAAGUCUUGCUGUGCAGCUGCUGAGUUUAAUUGCAGAAACUUUACAUCUAAAAACUGAUUACUUUGAGCAAUCAUUUGGAAACACCUAUUGA